AUGCAAGCAGACAGUGAUCAAUCACCUGUUACAAAGAACAAGGCUAUUAAAAGAAAGUUACAAUCCACGUCGACAAGAAGUAGUGAAUCCAAAGAAAUUGAUGAGAAAGGCGCUGAUGCUCAUAGAAAACCUGCUUAUCGUCAUUCCAUUUCUUAUAUGAUGAAUUCUCAAGAUGGUGAUGGUAAUUCUCCAAAAUUGGAACGUCGUUCCUCAUUUGCUUCACCUUCUUCAUCAUUUGCAAGACGUCGUUCAUUUUUAUCACCUUCAAUGAUUUCUAAUGAAAAACAUACUGUUUAUGAAUUACAUAAUGGGAUGGGGUAUAAUACCCCUUCUUUUUCAAUAUCUUUAAAGGAAAGUCAAGGUUUUAGUUGGAAUCAAGAUUUAUUUGCUUCACAAUAUCAACAACAAUCAAGUGCGGUUUAUGAUGAUGAUGAUGACGAUGUGGAGGAUGAGGAUCAAGAUGACGUUGUGGAUGAAGAGGAGACUGAUUAUGAAUAUGAAGGUUAUGAUGGUUCUUCUUAUCGUCAUGGUAAUUCAAGAUCAUUAUCAAUGAGUAAUGAAAAUGGGUAUAAAGUACGGGUUAUUGAUAUUAAAGUUGAUGAAGAUGAAAACAUUUUCCAAGUGGAAACUUGA